AUGGCCGGCGACGUCCGGCAGAAGGAGCAGCAGAAAGAGCGCAACAACAUGGCCGGCGACGGCCGGCAGAGAGAGCAGCAAAACCAUCGCAACAGCGGGUCAGGCGACGGCCGGCGGAAAGGGCAGCAGAAGGAUCGUAAUGACAGAGGCGGCAACGGUCGUCAGAAGGAGCAGCAGAACAAUCGCAACAAUAUGGAAGGGGGCGCCCGGCAGAAGGAGCAGCAGAAAGAUCGCAACGACAUGCCCAACAAUACCCGGCAGCAGCAGCAGGAGGGGGAGAACAGGGAGGGGGAGAAAAGUCAUGCUCAGCCGACAGCAUGUCGCGGCUCACCUGUGACGAGCCCGACAAACUCGCCGCCACCAGGUUCCGUGAGCGCCUCAACGACCCCCGAUGCGCCGCCCACCAUGUCACAUUCGAGCGGCAUGUCUCAUCAGACGGUAUCCCCAACCAAUAGCGAAAACAUGCAACCGUCAGAUUCUGCCUCGGAGACUUCGACUACAACGCAAACGCCAACACCCCCGGCCCCCGAGAACCUUCCCAACGACCCUUCUCCCGAGCGUUCUCCCGAAGCACCUCCCAGCAACAACCCCGCUCCGGAUUCUUCUAAUGGCCCCCCUCCUCCUCCUCCUGAUUCUACUCCUCCUCCUGAUUCUACUCCUCCUCCUCCUGAUUCCAAUCCUCCUCUUAAUGGCACUUCUCCCGAGUCUCCUCCUUCCGACCCUUCCAACGAAUCUGCAUCUCCCAAAUCUUCUCUUUCGUCCGCGAAGGACGCAGACCAGACCGCCACAGCCUCGCCCACCGACCAGCCUCCCGCAGCGGCUGACCCGUCGCAACCCACGCACCCGCCGAGCCUGCAACUUCCCGGCCUCGCGGCGGCGAACCCCUCAAACACCACCGCUACCGACCCUAUCGAUCUCGAAGCGGCGCCGUCCACCGUCUCACCUCCGCCCAGCAGCAAGUCAGAAGCUGGCGAGGCCGCCCCCAGCGGCGAUGACAGCGGCGCGAAAGAUCAGUCACCCACACCUCCCGUCGCCUCCCCGUCCCCCACACAGUCAGGUUCCACGCAACUACCCUCCGAGAUUCUCCCUUCCGACCCGGCCGAUGCCUCCUCCGCAUCUAUGCCGACCACGCUUACGACGGAUCUGCCCUCCCCAUCCUCACGCCUCAUCGGCGGCGGCGGCACGUCAAAAAGUCCCGAUAGCUCGCCAUCUAGCGACGCUGCGCCGGCGCCGCCGACCAACACCGGAGGCAGCGGUGGCACUCCGCAACUACAGAGCGGCGGUGGCGGUUCGGGCUCACCGAUGGGUAUGAUCAUCGGCAGCGCUGUCGGUGGCGCCGCCGCCCUUGCUAUUAUCGCACUGCUACUAUGGCUGUGGAGGCGGCGCGUGCGCCAGAAGCGCGAAGAGAUGGCCGGCUGGCCGAUCUCGCCGUUUGUUGACCACCGCCUAGGGCACGACCAGCCACCAGUAAACACCACCACUACCACCACCGCCACCACUGCCGCGGCCGCCGCUGCGGGUAUGACUGGCGCUGCCGCUGCGGGGCCGUUUGCCGCUGGACGGCAGGCCUCGACGAGAUCUCGCAACCCGCUGCAGGGAUGGUGGGCGGGUAGGACGCAACAGCCGGCGCCGCUCAUUGCGCCGGAGUACGAAGGCGGUGCCGAGAAGCGCCAGCUGCAGCCGGCGGCGAUGAUGAACCUGCGUGGCGGCGGUGGCAGCGACGAUAGCAACGAUCCGUUCUCGGACGUGCACAGCACAGAGGCCAUGCGCACCGCGCCCGUGCUCUCGCCGCAGCAGCAGGUGCUGCGCGGCAUUCUCAAGCCGUCUACCAGUAAUGCCGGCGGCGGGGUUCGAACGCACGGGAGAUACCCGUCCGAGUCCUCGGUGUCGUCUGGCCGUAGGUCGCGCGCGCCGUCCCUCAGCGGACGCGGCUGGUGGUUCGCAUCCUCCUCGCAGCAGCAGCCGCCACCGCCGAUGCCGCGCCCGGCCGCGUCCCGACGCACCUCGUCGCUGACAAACGACCCAUUCGACGACCGCAGGAAUAAGUUCCGCUCGGACCCGUUCGACCUGGAGCUGGACACGCGGCUGCUACCGUCGUCGCUGGUGGUUGCAGCGCCGCCUUCUUCGCGGCCGCCGCCGCAGAUGGGCAAUGCGCGAGCAAGCUCGGUGUACAGCGAUGGCAGCGGUGGCGGCGGUAGUGGCAGUUCGCGGUACACGAGCGGCGUGAGCAGCAGUAGCGUCUGGGGUGGUGCUACUGCCGGCCAGGGGGCGGACGGGCGGGCGUACGUCUCGGAUAGUCCGACCCUGCCGCUGGCAACGAGGGCGUACGGCGGCGGCGGCGUUGGGCAGGCCAUGUAG